AUGCCCGACAAGCCAAGCCCUGCCCAGGGCGGCGGGAACACUUCAAGCGACUUUGUUCGCAAACUGUAUCGUAUGCUAGAAGAACCCGAAUAUGAUGAAAUAGUUCGCUGGGGACGAGAUGGAGACUCGUUUGUCGUCCUCGAGGGCGAAAAAUUUUCUACCUGUGUUCUUCCCAAACAUUUCAAGCAUAGUAAUUUUGCCAGCUUUGUUCGUCAGCUGAACAAGUACGACUUUCACAAAGUCCGCCGCCCCGAUGACGGAAGCCAGGGCUACGGUCCAAAUGCCUGGGAAUUUAAGCAUCCCGACUUCAGGAUCGAUGCGAAAGAUAGCCUAGACACGAUUCGACGAAAGGCGCCAUCGACGAAAAAGUCGCAACAACAACAACAGCAGCAGCAGCAACGCCAGCCACCUCAAGCCCCCACGCCAGAUCAGAAUGAGAACCAGCGGCAGAUUCAAACCCUGACGGACACUCUAUAUGCCCUACAGAAACAGGUAGAGGAGCUGGCGCAGACCAACAAACAGCUAGUGAGCGAAAUCGUCAACCUUCAGAAAUCGACUAGCACCCAGAGGCAAGCCCAGUACGAAAUCGUGAGCUUCCUAGACGUGUCGGCGCGGAGGCAGUCCGUGGCCGCCGGCCAGUCGCCCGCAGGUCCGAUGACGGGUCGUGGAUUGGGCGAGGACCAGCCUGUUGAACUACGCCGUGUCCGGGAACUAUUAGGAACCCUGGGCCCCGCGCCCGCACCCGCCGACACUAGCAUGGAGCGAUCCCACACGAUAUAUCCUUCACCCGCCGAGUCCUCGACAUCUUCCGCCAUGUUUGUGGCCCCCGACAUGAACGCUGGGAUUGCCGUGAUGAACGACGCGGUGGGCAUGUCGAGAAUGGGUGUCUAUUCUACAAAUCAGCCUACGACCAUCGAUGCCUUUCACGCCGAUCCCUUGCAAACCAUGGCGUAUCCCGUAGCUCAAAACAGCGCCUUGGAGGCCGUGGCGACGGACUCGGGUCGGGUGGACACGUCCCCGCCAGCUGAGAAGACAGACGAAUGGGGGCCUAGGAAACCUCAUAUCUUCCUCGUAGAGGACGACAAGAUAUGUGCCAAGAUUGGCAACAAAUUUCUGCGCAGCUUGGGUUGUACUGUUGCGCUGGCGAAGGAUGGAUUGGAAGCGGUUAAGCAGUUUGACUGCGACCACCCACCACACUACGAUCUCAUCUUCAUGGAUAUCAUCAUGCCAAGACUGGAUGGUAUUUCAGCGACGGCACGUAUCCGGGAAUACCUCCCUGAUAGCCCAAUUGUGGCCAUGACAUCCAACAUCCGCCAAGAAGACGUGUCGACGUAUUUCAAAUAUGGCAUGACUGACGUAUUGGCGAAACCGUUUAUGCGCGAGGGCAUGCAACGCACGCUGCGAAAGCAUCUCCGCCACUUGCUCAGUCAAACAUCUCCGCAAGCCCCGGCCGGCAACGGACCCUACGCCCACGUCCAGGCCGGUACUGCCAUGACCGUGGGAGAGAUGGCCGGUCCGGACCCGGCAAGCCUAGCGGCUGGCCAUAUCGCGAUCAAGUUUGAGAACCCACCCAUGCAGCUGCCCGCAACUACGCAGGGGGUCCUUGGCAUGCCUCGAGCCCCAUGA